CCCUUCUCGCACCAGUUCAUUGAUUGUUUGUAUCACUGCAUUAACAUAUUGCACAGCAACACGGGCCCAGUGAAGCGUAGCCCCUGCGGGAAAAGGUGCUCUCAAUGUGCAGUAGUCCUGCCCUGACUCCCUGUCAGGGUUUGCAGUUCAUGCUCGAGGACUUCCACUCGCACUGAGCUGCACAGAAGGCUUCACGCUCAACCCCUGCGCUAUGAGCAGAGGUAGAGGAGGGCCUUCCAAAGACCACUACCACAGGCAUCCUCCACCCGACCUCCAAGCCAGUUACCACAGACCUGGUAUAGCACCAUUCUACCUCAGACCUGGCCCACAGCAUAGCCCAUAUCCAAGCUACUACCACAGCCCCGGCUCUCCUAUAGUGCCAAUACAGCCCCCAGUCCCAUCUCUUGUCCCUUCUGCUCCACCCGUACCAAACACCAAUAAAGGGGCACCUAAACCAGUGCCUUUCCACAGCUCAUAUAAUCCCAGUUACAGCCCCAGUUCUGGCCCCAACUCAUUUAGGCAGCAGCAGGUUGAUUUCUUGAGAGGACAGAGCUGUGAGGCGCCACAGUUCAGAGCCAGUCCACGUGGAGGUGGAGGUAGGGGUAUCCCGAGAUAUCCAAACCCCAGCAGCAGCCCUAGAGGUAGAGGGGGGUAUAGUCAGGACCAGAGUUUCUUUUAUCCAUCUAGUGUAAGAGUUCCCCGAGGCCGUCCAGGCCCUCCACACCUGAAUCGAAACCAAAACUAUUACUCCGACAGACAGUGGGGCAACCAAUUAGACUCUCUGUAUGAAGACUUUCAGAGUGUGUCCCUUAAUCGAGACAGGCCCUCCAGAGGAGCAGAUAGGUUUGAUGGACAUUCAUCAUCCAGUAGCUCGGGGAGUUUGAGCUACUCUAAAGUUGGCCUCACUCCCACUCCUGAUAUCCAGGACCAGGUACACAGGGCUUUGACUGCAUUGAAGCCAACUGAAACUAUCCCUGCAAAAUAUUUGGCCAAAAAGCUGCGUCUGCCCAAAAGUAUAGUCAACAAGGCUCUCUACUCUUUGGAGCGCUCGCAGAAGGCCUCAAAGCAAGGACUCCACCCUCCUGAGUGGAGUCUAUACAAAGAACCUCUCAGAGGUGAGGAAGAUCAAAACUCUAAAGCACCAAGUCCACCUUCAGAUUCAUGUGUCAGCUCAGAACAACCUUUUAAACCUGACUCUCAGGUUGAGCCAAAACCAGAGCCAGCUGAAAACAGGGGACAAGCCAAAGAAGAGGACUCUGACACAGAAUCCAGUUCUUCUCGCUCUUCUAUUGAGACAUCUGACUCUGAAGAAUCAGCUGAAGCUCAGGUGCAGGAGAAACAACAUCCAAACACUUCAAGCUCUGCUGAUCAGGACCUCCCCACAAUGACAGAACAGAAGGAGCGGGUCCUGCAGUAUCUCCUGCUUUCGAGGGAAGCAACUGCUCUUGUCAUAGCAAAGAAUGUGGGUCUUAGAAGUGCUAAGCAGGUCAAUCCCACUCUCUACGCCUUGGAGAAGCAAGGUGAAAUCAUUAAGAAUGGAGAGGUCAACCCUCCCACCUGGGAGCUCUCUGAUCACCGCAGAGAGAGGAUGGUAAGGAGCCUUAAAGUCGCACAGAGCACGCCAGCUGAGGAGGUUCGGAUGCAGUUAGAGGACGAGAAGGGAGGAGGAUCCAUGUUUCUGUCAUCAUCACCACUACCUUCAUUACCAGGCCUGGAGCCAGUGCCUCUAUCGGAGAACUGGAUACCUGAGCAAAGUCAAAGAGAACUGUCACAAUCCUCCUGCCUUGCCCCCUCCUCCUCCUCCCUAUGUCAAGAUGAAGAAACCACUGAAGGACAGUGGGCGACAGACGACAUACCAGAAUUCCUCAACACCAUAAGGAAAGAGACAGACGCAGGCAGAUUAGCAGCAGAACAGGCUAAUGCUGUAGGAACUGUAGCUGUGUCGCUGGCUGCUCCUCCUCCACAGAACCUGUGGGGCAAAUUACAGGAGUUGAGACUGAAGAAUCCCGUCAGCGGCCUCAUGGAGUACGCCCAGUAUCUGGGCCAGAACUGUGAGUUCCUGCUCCUCGACCAGUCAGGACCUUCUCACGACCCGAGAUUUCGUAUGCAGGUGAUGCUUAACGGGAAGCUGUUUCCUAUCGCUGAAGCUUCCAGUAAGAAGACUGCAAAAAAGGACGCUGCUGCGGCAACUCUGCGCGUUCUGAUCAGGGAGAUGCAAGGAGGGGCGAGCAUGGGGGAGGUGGGAAAUACUGCCAGUAUGGACCAAGUGAUGGAUUUACUCCCAGAUACCAGUGGGCCGGCUGAAGGCACAGGGGGAUUUUGUGGGAGUGGUAGUGAGGAAGGGAUGACGGAGGGACCUCGCCAGCCACUGUCACGCUCUCUCCCUGGUGGGAAGAAUCCGGUGUCUGUCCUGAUGGAGUACAGCCAGCGCAGCGGGAACCCCAUCGAAUUCAUCAUCACUAGGCAGGCCGGCCCACCACAUGACCCAAGGUUCAUGUACAGGGUGAAGGUAGGAGAGAAUUUGUUUCCAGAGGCCUCAGCUCCAAGCAAGAAGGCGGCCCGCCAGUUAGCUGCAGAAGAGGCUGUCAAAGAGUUAAUGUCUGACGGGAGGCUGCAGCUCAACAAGCCUCAGUUACCCCUGGGCUCUUCCAGUGAUACUGAAGGAAUCAAUUCUGGGACUCCGUGUCUUUCUCUGCCUCCUCUAACCGCUGAUGAGUUGCGAGUAGCACAUGAAGCAGGAGUCGGGGACCUCAUCAACCACCUGAACAACAAUGCAGUGUCAGGUCUUCUGGAGUAUGCCAGAGCGCGGGGCUUUGCAGCUGAGAUCCGACUGGUGGGCCAGUCCGGGCCUGCACAUGAGCCUAAGUUCACCUACCAGGCUAAGCUGGGCGGACGCUGGUUUCCUCCAGUGUGCGCAUCCAACAAGAAGCAGGGAAAACAGGAAGCGGCAGACGCUGCUUUACGUGUUCUGAUUGGAGAGGCUGAGAGGGCGGCUCGUACCGGGGAGCUUAUUCCCGCUGAGCUUCCAGUGAGUGGAAGCACUUUACACGACCAGAUAGCAAUGCUGAGCCACCAGCGUUUUAACUCCCUGACCACCCGUAUCCAGCACAGCCUUCUGGGACGUAAGAUUCUGGCCACCAUUGUCAUGAGAGGGGGAGAGGGCCUGGGGACGGUUGUCAGCCUGGGAACUGGAAAUCGUUGUGUUAAAGGGGAGGAGCUGAGCCUUAAAGGGGAGACUGUUAAUGACUGUCAUGCUGAAAUCAUCUCCAGACGAGGAUUCAUUCGGUUUCUGUACAGUGAGCUGGUUAAACACUACGAGGGUUCAGAAGAUAGCAUAUUUGAGCAAGCAGAGGAAAACAGACUACAAAUCAAAUCUGACAUAACCUUUCACCUCUACAUCAGCACAGCACCUUGUGGGGACGGGGCUCUGUUUGACAAGUCUUGCAGUGAGACAGGGGAUGAUAUCGAGGGUCAUCAGCCUCUCUUUGAGAAUAAUAAGCAGGGCAAACUUCGCACCAAAGUGGAGAAUGGCGAGGGUACUAUUCCAGUGGAAUCCAGUGACAUUGUGCCCACUUGGGACGGCAUCCAGCACGGAGAGAGGCUGCGCACCAUGAGCUGCAGUGACAAAAUCCUGCGCUGGAAUGUGUUAGGUCUGCAGGGGGCGCUGCUCAGCCAUUUUCUGCAUCCCAUCUACCUGAAGUCCAUCACACUUGGCUACCUGUACAGCCAUGGGCACCUGACACGUGCUGUUUGCUGUCGACUGGCCAGAGACGGUAAAGCGUUCACCCAAAGUCUCCCUCCUCCCUUCAUGCUGAACCACCCUGAGGUGGGCAGAGUGAGUGUGUACGACUCCACCCGUCACAUUGGCAAGACCAAGGAGUCCAGUGUGAACUGGAGCUUUCCUGACCAGCACAGUGUGGAGGUGCUGGACGGGACCAAAGGCAAACUGGAUGGGAGCAAAUUAAGCACCUCCAGAGUAUCCAAGGCCAACCUGUUCACUCUUUUCCGCUCUCUGUGCCAGCGAUGUGGCCGCACAGACCUCCUUGCCCUGCCCUCCUACACACAGGCCAAGAUGUCUGCCUUUUUCUUCCAGCAAGCUAAGCAGCAGUUCUUCCGAGCUCUCAGCGUCCACGGUUAUGGUGCCUGGAUCGGCAAACCGCUAGAGGAGAAGAGCUUUGAUGCAAAGGAGGGAAUCAGGAACAAUGGAGCAGCAGGGGUAUCUGUGGGAUUCGGCAGCAGUAGAAAUGGAGCAACAAUGGAGUACAAGCAAGACGAGGCAUAGAGCAAUGCAGGGUGCAUCGUUAGGGGGGUAAUAUAAAUAUGCAGGGGGGGGGGAGCACAAGCAGGGACAUAUUUAAAAUAAGACUAUAUAAGAGGACAAUCAAAGGGUUGUUGGUGGCCUAAACUGUAUCUUCUGAUGGAUCGUGGUGGAAAGGUGCAGAAGAAGAAAAGGACUCAAUAAGUGAGAGGAAGAUGGCGAGGACAAAGCCUGACGGAUGAGUGGUGACAGAGAUCUAAGGAGAAAUCCUCCUGAAGCACAGAAAAUAUCACUACAUGAAAAAUGGGAAGUAGUUUGAAGUCAGUAAAUCAACAUGCUAACUAUUGCUGCAAAUUGGAGUUGUAUUGCAAAACAGUUAUUGUAUGUCAGCUUCCUUCAUACUGCUAAUAAGCCUUGGCUGGUUUCAAAAUGUAAUUUGUUGUAUUGUUUGGCAUAGCCUGCCAUGUUUUUCCACUUGAUGUGUGAACUCAUUUUUGGACCCAUUAGAUUUGGCCUCUUCAGACUACUGUUUGCCAUCUAAUUUAGCCAUGAGAGCUUGAGUAGCUGACAAGUGCUGCAAAUUGGCUUUCAACCUCAUGUGGCCCUCCCUCUGAGCAGUGUUUGUAUUUUGUAUUUAGGUUCAUAAAGAUUUUAAGUCCUCUGCCAUCAAGUGCUUUUUUUAUUUUUCUUGUCUAUGGUUUACUGUAAGCAGCUUCAGCAAGAAGAAUCAAUGCAAAUGUAAUGAAAUGAGUUCUUUUGCAGCACAGUCCCAGCCAACGUCGCACACGGGAGGCUUUCAGUGUACAUAAGAUCGCAAAGCAAACUAUUGCUCUGAUCAGUGACCAACCAAACAUUCAUUCACAAAUAGAGGCUUUAGCAUCAUUUACACACGUAAAUACUUUUAUUCAGACCCGUCUCUGUGUUCAUUUUCAACUUUCUGUACACCCUCAGCAGUCCCGCCCGCCACAUGUUGUUGCCAUGGUUACCGUACAUGGCGUAGAAUAGGUCAGCAGCCCCUUUGAGCGGUCCCUUAAACUCUCUGUGCUUUUUGCUUUUAUAUUCAAUUUCUGAUGUCAUGGCCUCCAAGAGUCACAACAGUUCUUUUUUAUGUUUUGUUCUUGUGUGUUUUUUGAAUAUCUCCUUUUUUUUCCCCAUUUCUAUAAAUGACUUCAUCAGCAGCUGGCCAUAAAAGAGAGACCUGGGAUGUCUUAACUCUCCUGCCUGCAGCCUGUCUGCAUCCUGUUUUAUACAUCUCGAUCAUACAAGGCUCUUUAGGCUCUUCUGUAUGGCCAGCUCCUGAUGAAUACAAAAUGAGGAUAGUUGUGUUGUUUAAGGGGAGUGUGUGAGCUGUUCUUUGAUUUCUUUGGUUACUUUAAGAUGGAUGGUGCAAUAUAUACAUCAGGUAUAUACAUAUACAUGGACACACAGGUGCAGGGUGGGGUCCAAAAGCCUAAGUCCAGAUCAAGAAAUUCACUUAGGAGUCAAAAGUAAACACGUUCUGAAAAAAACCUUUAAGUUAAAGUUUCCCACCCUUUUUUAGUAUUUGUCUGUAUAACACUGGUACUAUGUUGUGGAGAGAGACGUGUGUUUUUUUUUUAGAAGAACUCAAAAGAGCAUGUCAGAAAUGUACUGUGAUGUGUUUUAAGUUUGCCCUGACAGUUUUUUUAUUUUAAGGUCCGGUACCUACAAGUUGAAAGCAAACAAGUCAGCACUUCAAACAGUUUGUUGGAGCUUUGGUGCAUGUACAGUUCAGAGCCAUUGUUUUUCUGGGAAAUAAAAGGUUUUAUGAUAUGCCUCUGUAGAUAUCAAUAUAAAAAUGUGUUCUUUUACUACUGUCCUGAUGUGCAGGUUUUCAAAAGAGGGCUUUAUUGUUGCCUUCAGUGGUGAUACACUCCCAAUAAUGAAGCCUUUAAACUAAGCCGUGGAACUAGUGAUGUAGUACUUGAAAUCCAAGACUGGUCCCCCCGUUACUGUAGCAACCUUCCCAGUGUUCCGGCCUAAGUGAGUGACACUCCCGCUGCACACAAGACGAUGAUUUUACUGUGAUAUUUAUGGUCCUGGUCUUGUCUCUGUCUCGAUCCCUAAAUGUGUUGGUCUUGUCUUGGUCCCCAACCACUGAUGUCUUGGUCUUGUCUCGGUCUUGAUCCCCUAAUGUCUUGGUCUUGUCUUGGUCUCUGAGCACUCUGAUCUCGGGUAUGUCUUGGUCUCAGUUGGUGUGGUCUUGACUACAAUGCUAUGUUGAACUAAGAAGCUAAAAACAUUUUUCAGAGGAAGUCCUUUAUCAGGUCACGUCACAGGCUUUAAAAGAAAUUACAUGUCAAGACUUGUAGAACAAUGUUUUUUUUUUUUAGUGUUAGUCGCUCCCUUAAUGAUGACAUUGAAUUUGAAAAUGGCAGAUCUAAAUGUUUUUGAGGGGAGCUUUAAAUGAAAGAAAUAUGCGUUUGUUUUUAUUUUUAAUCACUAAAACGCCUCAUUCUUGAUGUUGGACUUAGACUUUUGGACCCCACUAUGCAAAUAAAGGAUGUUGAAGUAGAAUUCUGUAAAUAUGUCUGUGUGUUUAUGUAUAUGUAUAGGUUUAAUGUAUAUAUUUUGUAGAUCAUCUAAAAUUGAUUUUCUAAAAUUGUUUUAAUUAAACUGCAAUGAAUAUGCUGUUUUUUACCAAUCGAGUUUGAAGCAAAAAAAUAAAUGAAUAAAAAUAAGUAGCAAUGUU